AUGCCGGUAGUUCGAGUCCAAUCUCAAAUAUGCCAUGGGACACCUGAAUAUGAUCAAUGUUCGUCAAAUAGUGCAUGUGCCUGUUUCCAUAUGGCAGGUGCCAAUAACACUGGUAUUUGUGGGUUUCAAUGGGUGACUUGUUCUGAAUUUCGUGCAUGUGAACGCACAACCAACCGUUGUCAUGAAUCUGAUCAUAUAUGUAUUCAUCAUCCUCGAUGUCAUAAUCAUCCUGUUUGUUAUCCUGUGUCGAUGAUCGAUCAACAAAUUUGUCCACCGACAACAAGUAAGAGAACAAGUAGUGAUUUACAGAUUUAA